AUGGCUUCUUCACAAGAUCAAUUACGUAUCGUUCUAAUUGGUAGAACAGGAAAUGGAAAAAGUUCCAUUGGCAAUUCAUUAUUACAUUCACGAUCUGCAUUUUAUUCUACACAAUCACCUAAUUCAAUAACAAAAACUUGUGAAGUUAAAACGGCUAUUGUACCUGAUAUUGAUGGAAGACAAAAACAAUUAAUGGUUGUCGACACGCCAGGUUUUUUUGAUACAGAUAUGUGUAUAACAAAUGAACAAGUACAACAGAUAAUUGCUUCGCAAAUUUUUACUAUGACAUCACCAGGUGUACAUGCUUUUUUAAUUAUUCUUCGUGUUGGUCGUUUUUCACCUGAAGAAAAAAAUACAGUAGAUUUCAUUAAAAAAAUAUUCGGUGAUGAUGCUGCUAAAUAUUGUAUUGUGAUUUUUACACGUGAAGAUCAAUUAGAUGAAGGUCAAACUAUUGAUGAUUUUAUAAAUCGAUCUGAUGAAUUGAAAGAUUUAAUUCAAAAAUGUGGAAAUCGUAAAUUUACUAUUAAUAAUAAAAUAAAUGGUGAACCAUUGGAUAGAAAAACUAAACAAUUACUUCAAAUGAUUGAUCGAAUGGUACAAAAUAAUAAUGGAAAUUAUUAUACUAAUGAUGAAUAUCAACGAAUUGAAAGACAACGAAAAGAAGAACAAGCAAGACGAGACGACGAAGAACGUAGAAAGAAAAAAGAAUAUGAACAUGCAUUAGUUGCAAAAGCAAGAGAAGAAGAACGACAAAAAGCAGAAAAACGUGAACGAGAAGCACGAGAAGAAGAACGACGAAAAGCAGAAAAACGUGAACAACAAAUUAGAGACGAAGAACGAAAAAGAGCUGAAAGAUGCGAACAAGAAGAACGAGAAAGAAGAAUAAGAGCAGAAGAAGAUGCACGAAAUGAACGAAGAAGAAAUGAAGAGAGAGAACAGUCAACAGCUCGUUCUCGAAGAAACUAUGAUGAUGAUAAUGACUUUUUGUCUAAUGAAAUGCGUCAAAUGAUGUUGGGCAGUCAUAUGCCUUCGCCGAAUAUCUCAUCCAUGUGUAUGCCUUAUCAAACACCAAUGCCUACUAACUCUACAAUCCAUAGAGGUAGUGGCGGUCGAUUCACAGGCGAAUUUAUGGCAACUCGUGGUAGUGCAAACAAUCAACCUAUUAUGGAAGGAUCCAGAGGUGGACGUUUCUAUUGGAAUGCAAAUGGUAACAAGACUUAUGUACGAAAAUAA